UAGCGGCGGAAGGAUACAUCACGGUCUAUAUAAAUACUCGGGUCUUUUGUUUUGAGCUUUAGAUUCGUUGCUGUGACGAGAGAGUUGUAACGUUUGCCCUGUGCUUUUUCCAGAAAGGAACAUUUGUUUCGUAAAGAUGCAGAUCUUUGUAAAGACCCUGACUGGCAAGACCAUCACCCUUGAGGUGGAGCCCAGUGACACCAUUGAGAAUGUCAAGGCUAAAAUCCAGGAUAAAGAAGGCAUUCCCCCUGACCAGCAGAGGUUGAUCUUUGCCGGCAAGCAGCUGGAGGAUGGACGCACCCUGUCCGACUACAACAUCCAGAAAGAAUCCACCCUCCAUCUUGUCCUGCGUCUGAGAGGUGGUAUGCAGAUCUUCGUGAAGACCCUGACUGGCAAAACCAUCACAUUGGAGGUGGAGCCCAGUGACACCAUUGAGAAUGUCAAGGCCAAGAUCCAGGACAAGGAAGGCAUUCCCCCUGACCAGCAGAGGUUGAUCUUUGCUGGUAAGCAGCUGGAGGAUGGACGCACCUUGUCUGACUACAACAUCCAGAAAGAGUCCACCCUUCACUUGGUGCUCCGCCUCAGAGGUGGUAUGCAGAUCUUCGUGAAGACCCUGACUGGCAAGACCAUCACCCUUGAAGUUGAGCCCAGUGACACCAUUGAGAAUGUCAAGGCCAAGAUCCAGGAUAAGGAGGGCAUCCCACCUGACCAGCAGAGGUUGAUCUUUGCCGGUAAGCAGCUGGAGGAUGGACGCACCCUGUCCGACUACAACAUCCAGAAGGAGUCCACCCUCCAUCUUGUCCUGCGUCUGAGAGGUGGUAUGCAGAUCUUUGUGAAGACCCUGACUGGCAAGACCAUCACCCUGGAGGUGGAGCCCAGUGACACCAUUGAGAAUGUCAAGGCCAAGAUCCAGGAUAAGGAGGGCAUCCCUCCUGACCAGCAGAGGUUGAUCUUUGCUGGUAAGCAGCUGGAGGAUGGACGCACCCUGUCCGACUACAACAUCCAGAAGGAGUCCACCCUCCAUCUUGUCCUGCGUCUGAGAGGUGGUAUGCAGAUCUUUGUGAAGACCCUGACUGGCAAGACCAUCACCCUGGAGGUGGAGCCCAGUGACACCAUUGAGAAUGUCAAGGCCAAGAUCCAGGAUAAGGAGGGCAUCCCUCCUGACCAGCAGAGGUUGAUCUUUGCUGGUAAGCAGCUGGAGGAUGGACGCACCCUGUCCGACUACAACAUCCAGAAGGAGUCCACCCUCCAUCUUGUCCUGCGUCUGAGAGGUGGUAUGCAGAUCUUUGUGAAGACCCUGACUGGCAAGACCAUCACCCUGGAGGUGGAGCCCAGUGACACCAUUGAGAAUGUCAAGGCCAAGAUCCAGGAUAAGGAGGGCAUCCCACCUGACCAGCAGAGGUUGAUCUUUGCUGGUAAGCAGCUGGAGGAUGGACGCACCCUGUCCGACUACAACAUCCAGAAGGAGUCCACCCUCCAUCUUGUCCUGCGUCUUCGUGGUGGUAAUUAAUCUGGUCAUGAUGUUAAAGUCUUAAAUUGGUCAAGACCAAACCCUUCGCCCCGCCCCUUCCCUACUCUUGUUCCUAUUAAUCAUUCAAUAAAGUUCUAGCAUUCCA